UCUUUAGAAACAACUGAAAACUACUAUGAAAAAUCUAUGAUGAUGAAUGAUGAUGAUUUCCAGCCCUGCAGCAAUGUCAACUUAAUGGCCUUCAGCCAGGUCUUCAUUCCUACUCUCUAUAGCAUCAUCUUUAUUGUGGGUGUAAUUGGCAAUGGCCUGGUUGUGUUCACACUGGUUAAAAGUAAAAAGUACAACAUUAUAGACAUGUGCCUGCUUAACCUGGCAGUUUCGGACCUCCUCUUUCUUAUCUCGCUGCCUUUCUGGGCUCACCAUGCUGCUAUAAGUAAGUGGACCAUGGGGAACAUCAUGUGCCACGCUGUAACAGCUCUCUACAUGCUGGGAUUCUAUGGAAGCAUCUUUUUUAUGGUCCUGAUGACAGUGGACCGCUAUGCCAUCAUCAUCCAUACCCAAGCCUCUCUUUUUACCAACCACAGGUCUGUCAAAGCUGGCAUAGCUCUGUCAUUGUUUAUUUGGGUUCUGAGCUUGGGAGCCUCUUUGCCAACCAUCAUUUUUAGCCAAACAAAAAAUGAAUCAGGUGAAUGGACAUGCAAACCAGAGUAUCCCCACGGGGCAUGGAGACAAUUCUCUUACAUUGAGCUUAACAUCCUCGGCUGGGUCCUGCCUCUGUCAGUGAUGGUGUUCUGCUACUCACGCAUCAUCCCCAUCUUGAGGUCUAUAAAGUCACAAAGGAAGCACAAAGCUGUCAGACUCAUCCUGGUUUUGGUUGCUGUUUUCUUUCUCUUCUGGACGCCAUACAACCUCGUCAUCUUUAUGCACUUCUUGCAUUACUCAGGUUACAUGCAGAACUGCGAGUGGAAAAAAGGAUUAGACAUGGCCAUGCAGUGGGUGGAAACCAUUGCAUUCAGUCACUGCUGCAUCAACCCCAUAAUCUAUGGUUUUACAGGUCAGAGAUUCAGGACUUUACUUUUUAAGACGCUAAACCAUUGUUUUCCUAAUCGCUUCGGUUAUAAUGUUAAAUGGGUGAGUUUGUGA